AUGAAAAACCUACCUGGAGAGCUCACAUUGAAGGACUGUGAUUUGUCAGAGAUCAGCUGUGAUUACCUGGCAGCAGCGCUGAAUUCCAACCCCUCGUAUCCCAGAGUACUGGACCUGAGUGGAACCUACAACAACCUGCAGGAUUCAGGAGUGAAGCAGCUGUGUGUUCUUCUGGAGAAUCCACGAUGUCGAUUUGAAACUCUGAGUCUGUCAGGCUGUCUGAUCACAGAGGAAGGCUGUACUUCUCUGGCCUCAGCUCUGAGCUCCAACCCCUCCCAUCUGAGAGAGCUGGACCUGAGCUACAAUCAUCCAGGAGACUCAGGAAUGAAGCUGCUGUCGGCUGGACUGAAGGAUCCAGGCUGGAGACUGGACACUCUCAGGGCGGAGCCUGCUGGAGUCCGAUGGUUGAGACCAGGUCUGAGGAAGUAUUCCUGUCAACUCACAAUCGACACAAACACAGUGAACACAAACCUCCAACUGUCUGACAACAACAGGAAGGUGACACAUGUGGAGGAGGUUCAGUCAUAUCCUGAUCAUCCAGACAGAUUUGAUGUUCCUCAGCUGCUGUGUAGAAAUGGUCUGACUGGUCGCUGUUACUGGGAGGUCGAGUGGAGAGGAGACGUUUUUAUAUCAGUGAGUUACAGAAGCAUCAGAAAGAAAGGAGACAGUGAUGACUGUUUGUUUGGAUACAAUGAUCAGUCCUGGAGUCUGGAGUGCUCUGAUCGUGGUCCUCAGUCUGUCUGGCACAAUAAGAGACCAACAUCCAUCUCCUCCUCCUCCUCCUCCUCCUCCUCCUCUGUCUGUAACAGAGUAGCAGUACUGACUGAAGAUGAUGAUGGAGGAAGAGGAGGACAGAGCAGAGUCUGCAGGAUCCAGCUGUCUGUUUGUGAGGAGUGA